AUGGACUUGCUAGGCCCCAUGGAGAUAACGGAUGGCUCCCUCUGCUCCUUCUCGGCUGCCGAUGACUUUUACGAUGACCCCUGCUUCAACACCUCGGACAUGCACUUCUUCGAGGACCUGGACCCGCGGCUGGUGCACGUGGGUGGCUUGCUGAAGCCGGAGGAGCACCCCCACCACCACGCGCACCACCACGAGGACGAGCACAUCAGGGCGCCCAGCGGCCACCACCAGGCCGGCCGCUGCCUGCUGUGGGCUUGCAAAGCCUGCAAGCGGAAGACCACCAACGCCGACCGGCGGAAGGCGGCCACCAUGCGGGAGCGGCGGCGGCUCAGCAAGGUGAACGAGGCGUUCGAGACGCUCAAGCGCUGCACCUCCACCAACCCCAACCAGCGCCUGCCCAAGGUGGAGAUCCUGCGCAACGCCAUCCGCUACAUCGAGAGCCUGCAGGCGCUGCUGCGGGAGCAGGAGGACAGCUACUAUCCGGGGCUGGAGCACUACAGCGGCGAGUCGGACGCCUCCAGCCCCCGCUCCAACUGCUCCGACGGCAUGAUGGAGUACAGUGGGCCCUCUUGCAGCUCUCGCAGGAGGAAUAGCUAUGACAGCAACUACUACACAGAAUCACCAAAUGAUCCAAAACAUGGGAAGAGUUCAGUUGUCUCCAGCCUGGACUGUCUAUCAAGCAUUGUGGAGAGGAUUUCCACAGAUAACUCCACCUGCCCAGUGCUGCCUACAGUGGAAGGUGGAGCUGAAGGCAACCCCUGCUCACCCCAAGAAGGCGCUACCCUGAGUGAGAGUGGAGCCCAGAUUCCCUCACCUACCAACUGCACCCAGAUUCCCCAUGACUCCAGCAGCAGCAAUCCCAUCUACCAAGUGUUAUAA